AUGCCGCGACCAAAACGACCAGGCGCGCCUGAACCAAAGCCGAGAAGUCGUCAUGGUUGUUGGCCUUGUAAAAGACGUAAGAUCAAAUGCGACGAGGGAAAACCAUCAUGCUCAAACUGUCUGCGUCAAGGCGAUACGUGCGAUUAUAGUAUUCGUCUUAAUUGGGAGGGCCGUACGAAGAGAAAGGCUCCCGAUCCUGCGACACCAAAUUCAAAUUCCGGAUUUGUGUCAUAUUCAGCUAAUCUCCAGCAGUCUUCGCUGAUUUCUGGAGUAGACCUGACUUCUCCAAUUGAAGUACCUGGAUCGAUUCAACACGAAUGGUCUGUAGUCUCAAGCCCGUAUACAAACAACGCUGGCAACAUUUGGGUCUCAGGAACCACUCCUGUCUCUCCCCCAUCGGUAUCUGCCAAGUCGCCUACAGGUUCUGAUGAGCAUAGCAUUGCAUCUAUCAGUCAUGCAAUACCUACCGAGAACCCAGCUGUGCGAUCCAUGGCUGAACGAGUUAUGCCCUCGCCAGAACUAGGCUCGUCUUUAAUAGUGCACGAGACUGUACAGCCCUCACAAACAUAUCCAUUCUCGGAUUCCUCCGUGUUUGAUCCUAUGGGAAUUAGUUUCCACGCACUAUCUUCGUUCUCGUUUGAAACCAAUUCCGUUUCACAGCCAGUUUCAUUUCUACGUGAUACCUCAGCGGGAGAAGCAGUGGCUGUUGCAACGUCGCCCACAAAUAACUCGUACAGGGCUAAACGUUACAAAAUGCAGGAUGGGAACGUUGAUUAUCAGCAUCGAGAACGAACAACCUAUGCCACGACUCAUUUUUCGUCUCAGUCCCUUGACCAGGGACUAGAUGACAGGAUAUUUGGAGUGGGUUCCCCGACAGGACGGGAGAGAUGUAAACCGGUAGUCAGCGGCCAUGAAAUAUUUUUCGGAUUUGACUGCGGGAGCCCCGAUUAUGAUUUGAAUAAAAACAACGACUCUGAGGCCAUUGGACCGAUAAGUCCAUCCGAGGAGGUUUUUGAGGACGAAUUCUUAAGCCCUACAUCAGAGGAGACCCCCACAGGAUCUAUUCAUGUUCGAAGAAGGUCGUCCUUCACAACAGGCGCUACAGGAAGGGGCUAUUAUGUGACGCCUGUCCGUGUUAAAAUACCCCGGAGAAUGACACCUUUGCCCUCGACGCUACUGGACAAUCCAAUAAAUCUACUGUAUUUCCAUCAUUUUAUCGAUCAUACUGCGCGGAUUUUGGUUCCUCAUGACUGCGAUCAGAACGCCUUCCUGCAAGUUUUACCUGCGAUGGCUAUAACAGAUCCAAACCUUCUUAAUCUGAUGUUGGCGUACUCGGCCAGCCACCGAGCACGUUUCUUGCGCCAUCCAGAACCGUCAAAUCGAAUUGCUCACUGGGUCAGCGAUGUCUUCCCUACCCUGCGCCAUGCCCUGAACGAACCUCAAGAGAAAGUGACCGAUAGUCAUCUAGCAACUGCUAUUAUGCUUUUGUCCCUGAAAAUCGUGUCUCCAAGCACCUUUGAAGUGCCCAUCACGUGGCAGACUCAUCUCAAACUUGCCAGAGAUCUGUUUGUUGCUCGCGGAAUCUAUCAUUGUGCUCGCCCAGAUAACAAAGUGGCGUAUUUCCUUGCACACUGGUUCGGCUAUCUUGAUAUCGUCGGAAGUCUGUCUUGCCGACACAGCGGACCACCCUUACUGCGUACAAACUAUUGGUCAACUUCGACGGUGCGCGGUAUUCCAGAUGACAGUAACGAAUACAAACACUACGAUAAUGAUAACGACGACGACGAUGAUGACAACUACAGAGUUGACUGUUUUGCUGGUUUCACACCUCGGACGGGGGCUCACUUGGCGCGGCUUGCACACUUGACCUACUGUUGCGACGGCGAGCGGUUUGACGACGCGGGCCAUUUUUUGACCGACUGGACUCCAUCCGAAGAAAUGAUCCAGGCUGGCGAGUCCCUGUUACAGGAUAUGCACCGCGCCAGACAGCGUGGACAUGUACUGGGAACCCAUCACACGGAACUAGAGGACGACGAGAUGAUAGCCAUAGAUUUGGCAUUUCACUGGUCAGCCGUUGUUCACAUCCACCGACGUGUUCUGGGCAGUAAGACGCAUUCAGCAGAGGUGCAGGAGGCGAUCGACCAUCUUUGCAACGCUAUCGCCAGGAUUCGCACUGGGAGUUCUACGGAGUGUUCUGUACUCUUCCCGCUGUUCACUGCGGGAUGCGAGAGUCGCGAUCCGCAGCAGCAGUUGGAGAUGAUGACACGAGUGAUGAAUUUUGAAGCAGAAGGUCUGAAGCAGUUUAAGAAUGCGCGCAAACUGAUGCAGCGAUGCUGGGAAGAGGAUCUGCCGUGGAUGGCGCUGGGCCAGGGUGAAUUUCUAGGGCGGACGCGUCCAAAGCAGACCAUUGCAGGGUGCAUAUGGCGUCAGCAAGGGCGGUGGUUCAGGGUUCAGGUUCAGAUGGCGAGUACCCGCCAGGCCCGCCUCAGGCAAAAAUUCUAUUUCCGACCGCAUCAUUCUCUGAGUCCCUCCAAUCUCACAUUCUCUCUCUUCAUGUCGUCGGGUCGCGCAGUGUCGCAUGGCCGUGGAGGCGCAGGAAACAUCCAUGCCGACGGGAAGCCAACCACCGCAGCCGACCUCGUCACACCCACCAUCAAGCAGGACUUCUUUACGACCGGUCGAGGAGGUUCAGGAAACAUGAUGUAUAACGAUAAAGAGCGUCCAGAACUGGCGCGUGGCAGCCAGGACGUCGAGAAGCCCCCGAAACGGUCAGAGGAGAAUGUGCAGUUCACAGGUCGAGGUGGUGUUGCCAAUGCCGUGAUUCCCAAUGUAGAAGAGCAAAAGGCCAAAAUCACUGCUGCUGACCCACAGCCCGAGCGACUGCCAGCAAAAGACCGGCCUAAGGAAGUGCCUGGUGGCAAGACCACAUAG